AACCGGAAAGGGGUUUUCCAAAAACCCUGCUACAAAAUCGCAACCGCCGGUGUGGAUCGGCGCCGCCGCCGCCGCCGCCGCCGCUGAUCCGUUCCCGCCGCCAUGUCGCAGAUACUCCUCCGCCACCUCUCCGCGCACUCGCUCGUCGUCCGCGGCCACGGGUUUCGCCGCCUCAGCUCCGCAGUCCACGGCGGCGGGGGCGAGAGGCAGCGGGCCUCGGCCCCGCCGCUGCAGGACGAGGAGAGCCGGGCGGUGCGGGUGUCGGUGUGGUGGGACUUCGAGAACUGCCACAUCCCCAACGGCGUCAACGUCUGCCGCGUCGCCCCGCGCGUGUCCGCUGCCCUCCGCGCCGCGGGCAUCCGCGGGCCGCUCUCCAUCACCGCCUUCGGUGACGUGCUGCAGCUCGCGCGGUCCUCGCAGGAGGCGCUCGCCGCUACGGGCGUCUCCAUCUCCCACGUCCCACGCAGUGGGAAGAAUAGUUCUGACCGUUCCUUUAUGGCUGAUCUUGUCUACUGGAUUGCUCAGAACCCUCCACCAGUUCAUUUUUUCCUUAUAUCUGGGGAUAACGAUUUUGCAAACCUCUUGCAUCGAUUGCGAAUGAGCAACUACAAUGUACUGCUUGCGUGUCCUAGUAGUACUACCAGUGUACUGUGCAGUGCAGCAACUGUUAUGUGGCCUUGGGAUGCUUUAGUUAAAGGGGAGGAUUUCUCACCUAAACGGUUUAACCACCCACCGGAUGGUUUACAUGGAUCUUGGUAUGGUCACUACAAAGGAGCCCUGGAUAAUCCCUUCCUGGAGAAUGAAUCAAAGGAACCCAUCAAGGUACCAUCUGAUUCCCAGCAUUGUUCAGUACCAUCUGAUUCCCAGCAUUGUUCAGUACCAUCUGAUACCAAGCAUGGCUCAAUCUUCAAAUCUGUAAGAAAUGCAAUUCUGGAGGCACUACGUCCACAUCCUGACGGGAUGGCCAUCUCACGUCUGCGAAUUGAGAUUAUGAAGAACAAUGCUUGUGACAGACAUUUCGUAUACCGCCAGAAAUUCUCUUGCCUUCUCCGAUCAAUGCCUGAUAUUGUUGAAUUUAUAGAUCCUCCAUCUGGUAAAAACGAGCCAUAUGUAAUUUUGGUCAACAGAGACCUGCUGCAGCCUGGUGACAUAAGUUCUAAGGCCCUUAGCUCAGCUCAAGGUAAUGUCAGGGAGAACAACAUCACUGGAACAGCUCAAAAUGAUAAGAAGCAUCCAUCUUUGAUGUCAACCCCUGAAGUAAAUUCGAAGCCACUAAGUUCUUGUCAAAGUAUUGCAACGAGCAAAAGCUUCACAGAGACUGUAAUUGGACAUCCACCUACAUUUUCUGUCCCAUCUUCCCCAUUGGUUUUGCUGUCUGAGGACCAAAAGAAGUACCAAAGUGCUGAUGUGAGUGCACAGACAGAGUCACCCGCAAAACACACGGAAGUUGACGAAGGGACUACCCCUGGAACUCCCUCUUCCUCAGGGGUGGAAAAUGUUGUUAACAAAGAUGGACUCCUUAAAAGGAUCUGGAUAUUGUGGAAUGGCCCUGAUAAUGCCAAGCCUGAGGUUUCUCAAAAUUGUGAAAGCACUUCUGCUGAAGUGGUUAAUGAUUUGCGAAUACCUCUGCAAGAGCAUAAUGCUGAUUGCCAUAUAAAGCUUUUGAGGAGGAUCCAUAAGAACACUUCAAAAAGUGACGAUUCAGAUGGCACCAAUAGUACAGCAGCAGUAAGUGCUAAUUUGCCAAUUUCAUCUGAUGUUGACAAUUCUGAAAGAAUAAAGAGAGAUCCAUCAAUUCUUGAAAACCCAGAACCAUGCAGUAGACCUGCAUCUGUUUCCAUGGGUAAAGCUGGAGAUGAGGAUUCUUCUGAAAUGAAUAAGGGCUUGUUUAGCUGGGCUUCAAGGUGGUGGACGUUUAGAAAAUCAUAUGCAGACAAUAGUACAACCAACAGAAAUGUCACUGAUGAACCAAUUGACUCAAUUGAAGAAUUUGAAUCCUCAAAUGCUUCAACUUGUGGAAGAGGGCAACAGGUGGUUAAUGAAAUAUUUGGAAAGGCUCACGUGUGGGAUCUUUUGGAGCAACAGUUAUCAAAACGUCUUGGGUCUGAGAUUGUUUUGAAAGCGAAGACAAGGGGUGAAUUGGCACAUGGAUUGCAGAAGCUAGGUUGUUGGCCUUUGAAAGACCUCUUAGAGAAAGAUCUGCAUCAUCUGGUACAUUUGUUAAUUUCGGAAAAGAAAUGGAUUGAAGAAACUUCUUCCAGACCUUUCCCUUUCCGUCUUACCCUCCCUCAGAAGAGAACAUGUGUUCCAUCGAAUUCCAGCAAGUCCACUGCUCUUAGUUCCAUUUUUGUCAAUGGGAAGCAACAGAAGGGCAAAUAUGUAGAUGAUAAGAGUAAGAAAAGCAAGCCUCUUACUAGGGAGGAGAUACUGUCAGACUGUCACAAACUGUUGAAUGAGCUUCUAUUGCAGCAUAAAUAUGGAUUCAACAUCAGCAUUUUCAGGCAGCGUUUUACUCAGAAACAUGGAUACGAGCUUGAUCAUCAGAAGCUUGGGUAUCCAGACCUUGCAUCGCUGUUGCAGAUUAUGCCUGGUGCCAGGAUAAAAUUCCCAAGGGUUCUACCUGCCGAAAACGAGAAUGGGCAAGCUGGAAGUAAGGGAAGUGGAAACCAUAGCGAUGGUGAUGACUUGAUUUGGGGGGAGCUUGGUCCUGUAUCUGCCACUACUGAAACUGCUGCUGCAGAGGUCGAUAAGGAAAUGUGCUACCGUCCUCCUACUCCUUCAGAUGAUGAAUUCUCGGAUAACGACAGUCAAGCAGGCCAACAGACUAGAAGAAAUGCUGAGCAUAGAUCACUGCUUCAAAUCAUUGAUUCCUGGAACAGUAGCAAGGAUGAUGGCUCUAACAAGAAAUCUCAAGACAUCGAUGGGCUUGUGGACUGUUCGACGAGAAACCCAGGUUAUCUUGACAAUCAGGCUGCAGGGAACGUGCAGAGAUCUACAAAGCCAUCACAGAAGCAGUACUCUUUUGUGUCAGACUCUGAAGAAGAUAAAGAGAAGGAUAAGCUGGUUGAGAGUGUCUUGGGCAGUCUGCAAAAGGCGCGGAGCUCAAAGUUGCGUAAUUAAAGUUUUGUUAUAUGCAAAAAUGCCGAUUUGCUUCUGUUGGCGCCAAUUGCAGCUGUUGGCCUGACAUCAUUCUGAGACCCGUCAUGGUUGUUACUUGUUUGUCUUCCUAAAGCAAAGAUUUUGUGAUCAUACUUUCAUCAAGGUGCAACUUAUGUUCAGAAGCUAUGGAUUGACGGGAGUUAUCUGACAUUCUUUUCCCCAAAUCAAGGGAGUAUGUUGAUGACGGCUCCGAGGUUCAGUUAGCGAGACUGUUGGACCAAGCUGGUCGUUUCCUCCGUCUAGAUCUUAGUAGUACUGUGAAAUAAACAGGAGCAUCGCAAUUCUUCUAUGAAGUUUCCUUGAGUGGUAGGGUACUAUUGGGUACCACAAACAUCUGGCUAGAUAUCAUAACUAGUUUUACACUCUGACUGUAAAACUGGCAAACCCAGUUAAACUUUUUUUCUCUUUUCUAUUAAAAGCUGUGCGAAGUUGGUCUUUGCCCAAAAAAACUAGUUUCUGCUUUGUUUUCUGCA